AUGAAGAUGGAAGCCACUGGGCAGUUGGAGCGGGCAACCCGCCCUAGUGUACAGAUGAAGCACCAGGCCGAGAGGGGCAUUUUGGGGAAAGCUGGGGCGGUUCGCCGCCGCUUGCAGAAGAAAGCCCAGUCUAUGGGACUGCUGGACGCGGAUGAGGGGUUGGGCUCCGUGGGCCCUAAUGAUGGAUUCGAUGGGCUUGAGUUUGAGGCCCCUGAUCAGGAUGGCUACCAAUCCCCAGAUGAGACCUAG